AUGGCGCCUGUCCCGAAUGGCCACAGUGCCGAUGUUGAGGUGCACGAGCCCAAGGCGGGCGGGGAGAAGAGCAAGAGGAUGCACUCGCAGGUCGUCAUUAUUGGAAGUGGGCCCGCUGGGCACACGGCGGCUAUUUAUCUGGCGAGGGCAAACCUGGAACCGGUGUUGUACGAGGGCAUGCUCGCUAACGGUUUCGCGCCCGGAGGCCAAUUGACGACUACGACCGACGUCGAGAACUUCCCCGGGUUCCCAGACGGUGUCACCGGCCCCGAAAUGAUGGACAAGUUCCGCGCACAAUCUGAGCGAUUCGGUACCAAGAUCAUCACCGAGACCAUUGCAAAGGUGGACUUCUCACAACGGCCGUUCAAGUACUGGACAGAGGGCGAGGAGGAGGACGCCGAGUUCAUGACUGCCGAUACCAUCAUCAUUGCGACCGGCGCUUCAGCUAAGCGGCUGUACCUUCCCGGAGAAGAGACUUACUGGCAAUCCGGUAUCUCGGCUUGUGCGGUCUGCGAUGGAGCUGUACCUAUUUUCAGGAACAAGCCUCUUGCUGUCAUCGGUGGUGGUGACUCUGCGGCUGAAGAAGCGACAUACCUCACAAAAUACGCUUCGCACGUCUACGUCCUGGUCCGCCGGAACGAAUUGCGCGCAAGUAAGAUUAUGGCCAAGCGCCUGACAAACCACCCCAAAGUCACUGUCCUGUGGAACACCGUAGCUACCGAGUGCAAGGGUGACGGUGACCUCUUGAACGCCCUGGCGAUCAAGGAUAUCAAGACUGGUGAAGAGGAGGAUCUUGCCGUGAACGGACUCUUCUACGCUAUCGGCCACGAGCCCGCUACCGCCCUCGUCAAGUCCCAAAUCCAGCUCGACGCCGACGGCUACGUCCUCACCGUCCCAGGUACCGCCCAGACAUCGAUCAAGGGUGUCUUUGCGGCCGGAGACGUACAGGACAAGAAGUAUCGUCAGGCCAUCACGUCGGCCGGCUCGGGAUGUAUGGCGGCCCUGGAGGCGGAGAGGUUGAUUGCGGAGGAAGAAGCGGAGGAUGAGAGUAUCCCGGCUGACAAGGUGCAUGUGCCGGCUCAGGGGUAUCUGGGGACUGAUAAGGAGUGA